UCGUGAGUGGUUAACCCAGCUCUACUACAUAUUAUUUACAGACCGCAUUAUUUUGUUUUCUUUUAACGUUAACAUUUCAUUUGAAUAUUGUUUUAGUUUUUAGCAAUCCGGCAAGCAAAUAAAAAUUCUCAUCUCAAAAUCAUCGCCUGCAUAUCACAAUAUAUACCUAUAUAUUCGGCAGAUCCUACAUAAAUCGAAAAUGUUGAAGCUACGUAACUUAUUGGCCGUCGGAAAAAGCAACAACAACAACGCUGUCCGGUGUCUUUCCACAACUGCAACCUGCAACGAUUCAGAAUCAUGGUUUUCAAAACUACUCGUUCGAAAAAUAGAGCCAACGAAGGAAUCGCACAGUCGAAUGCUAAGCGACAAGGAAAUUAUUUAUGCCUUACACACGCACAACGUUAGGCCCGAUUCGAUGGGAAACUAUUUGAACAACUACAAAAACACUGUUGGUUUGAUAAACGAUAAGAAGGCCAAUCUUUCUUGCGAUUUGGUGGCAUCAUGGACCGUUCAGGUGGGCGAUAUGGAUCAAUGCUUGCACCUUUGGAAGUACACCGGAGGUUUUGAGAAGAUUGACCAGGCAAAGGAAGAUCUUUGGAACGAUCCGGAGUACCUCAGCUUGAUGCAAGAGCGUUCGAAGUUCUUGCGAUCCCGUCAUCUUCAAUAUCUGUUGGCCUUCAGCUAUUGGCCGCAGAUUGCCAGUCGUACCGGCAAAAACAUUUAUGAAAUGCGCUCAUACCGACUGACCCCAGGCACCAUGAUUGAGUGGGGAAAUAACUGGGCCCGUGCCAUUAACUAUCGCAAACAUAACAACGAAGCCUUCGCCGGAUUCUUCUCCCAGAUCGGUAGACUGUACAAUGUUCAUCACAUUUGGUGUUACAAAUCUCUUCAGGACCGUAAAGAGACCAGGGAAGCAGCUUGGCGAUCCCCCGGAUGGGAUGAGUGUGUGGCCUACACGGUACCAUUAAUUCGCGACAUGCACUGCCGCGUUCUUGCUCCAACUGAGUUCUCACCUUCACAAUGAUUACCUGGCGGGCUAUAUUUCUUCGCAGUCUGAUGAAAAUUUGAAGCUUACCAACGCUUAAACACAUUUGCUGUGAAUUGUUGAGAACGUAACUUCGCCUCUUUUCCUGUUGAAUAGUUAUUGUAAAUAAUGCCAGCUAUCUAUGCAAUCAUUUUAAUUUUUUUUUUUAGUAUAAUUAAGGUCAAAGUGGAAAUUGUUCUCCAAAUUUUUACAAGCCUCUAUGUGUGUAUCACUUACGACGACCUUUGAAUUUAACAAAACCAAUUUUGUUUUUAUAAAAUAAAGCAAUUAUGAAACUGUUAA